CGUCUCUAGAUGACCAUGACCCAACUCGGCUUCCUGCUGUUUAUCAUCGUGGCCACCAGAGGGUGCACUGCCGUUAAAGAGAACCUGGACGCCAACAGCCAAGCCAAUCCUGUGUCUUCCCCUCUGUUCAGAAGCUGCAAGGAAAUCAAGCAAAAUAUCACUGGGGCACAAGAUGGCCUCUAUUUCCUCCGCACGAAGAAUGGUGUCAUCUACCAGACCUUCUGUGACAUGACCACUGCUGGUGGUGGGUGGACCCUGGUGGCCAGUGUGCACGAGAACAACAUGGGUGGGAAGUGCACGGUGGGCGAUCGCUGGUCCAGUCAGCAAGGCAACAGAGCAGACUACCCAGAGGGGGAUGGCAACUGGGCCAACUACAACACCUUUGGGACUGCAGAGGGGGCCACAAGUGAUGACUACAAGAACCCUGGCUACUUCGACAUCCAGGCUGGGAACCUGGGGAUCUGGCAUGUGCCCAACAAUAGCCCCCUGGAAAAUUGGAGAAACAGCUCCUUGCUGAGGUACCGCACCUUCACUGGCUUCCUGCCAUACAUGGGCCAUAAUUUGUUUGGCCUGUACCAGAUGUACCCUGUGAAAUAUGGAGUAGGGAAGUGUUGGAAUGACAAUGGUCCAUCGUUACCUGUGCUCUAUGACUUUGGUGAUGCUCAGAAGACAGCCUCUUAUUACUCUCCCAAUGGCCAGAGGGAAUUCAUUGCAGGAUUUAUUCAGUUCAGAGUGUUCAAUAAUGAGAGAGCAGCCAAUGCCUUGUGUGCUGGCAUGAGGGUCACUGGAUGUAAUACUGAAAUUCACUGCAUUGGUGGAGGAGGAUUCUUCCCAGAAGGUAACCCUCGGCAGUGUGGAGACUUCUCUGCAUUUGAUUGGAGUGGAUACGGAACUCACACAGCGAGCAGCAAUAGCCGUGCGAUAACUGAAGCAGCUGUGCUUCUGUUCUACCGUUGA